AUGUCUACGUCUAAUGCUCAAGAAUCUUCUUCGAAAACAAUCGAAGAAACUUAUAUUAAAUUAACUCCAAUUGAACAUGUACUUAAGAGACCAGAUACUUAUGUCGGCUCUGUUGAAGCAAUAACUGACAAACAAUGGAUAUAUAACGCUGAAGAGGAUAAACUAGAAUAUAAAGAAAUUACUUAUGUUCCAGCAUUUUUCAAAAUUUUCGAUGAAAUUCUUGUUAAUGCUGCUGACAACAAGAUCAGAGACUCUUCAAUGAGCACAUUAAAAGUUAAAAUUGAUAAAGAAGCAGGAAAAAUUUCCGUGUACAAUAAUGGAAAAGGUAUUCCGAUAGAAAUUCAUAAAGAAUUGAAUGUAUAUGUACCAGAAAUGUUAUUCGGACAACUUAUGACAUCAUCAAAUUAUAAUGAUGAUGAGAAGAAAGUUACUGGUGGUAGAAAUGGUCUUGGUGCAAAAUCUGUAAAUAUUUUCAGUACCCAAUUCACCGUAGAAACAACUGAUACGACACAAAAAAAAAGAUACAUACAGCUAUUUCAUAAUAACAUGACUCAAACCGAUAAACCAAAGAUCACCAGUUAUAGCAAGAAAGAAGAAUACACCAUGAUAUCAUUUAUUCCUGAUUUUGAGAAAUUUGGAAUGACUGGUUUGACUGAUGAAGCCAUUUCUUUGUUGAGUAAACGUGUACAUGACAUGGCUGGAACUGUAAAAGAUGUUAAAGUAUUUCUUAAUGAUAAACGUAUUCAUGCAAAAAAUUUUAAGGAAUAUGUUCAAAUGUACUUGAAAUCAGUUAAUGCGGUCGGUGCAUCUUCAAGAAGUAGUAUAGUACAUGAACAUGUUAAUGAUCGUUGGGAAAUCAGUAUAACUCCUAGCAUUGAAGGUGGUACGCAUGUUAAACAUGUGAUUGAUCAAAUAGUUACAAAACUUACUGAACACAUAGAAAAAAAAAAUAAGGGUGUUAAAGUUAAGCCAUUCCAAAUAAAAAAUUACAUCUGGAUAUUUGUUAAUUGUUUAAUUGAAAAUCCUGCAUUCGAUUCUCAAACAAAGGAAAAUAUGACAUUAAAACAAAGUUCAUUUGGAUCAAAGUAA